GAACAGUAACUGUUAUUAUGGCGCGGGCAUUGUGUCGUGAUCUUGUGGUGGCUGUGUUGAUCGCAUCAUGUUUGGGGAAAACUGCCGAUGAACUUGCCAAGGAAGCAACUGCUGACUUCAAGGACAUGAAGAUUGUUUUCCUCGAAAACAAAGGGACGAAUACUUCCUACGAAGUUGGGAACGAGGGACACCUACUUCAAAACCGGGACUUUAUUAAAUCCAAACAGACAGUUCUGUACAUUCACGGUGCACUCCAGAGCCCAUCAGAUGUCAGCUCACAAACGGUCACCAAUGCUUUGAAAAAAACUGGACGGUACAACAUCGUUCUCAUCGACUGGUCGCAGUACACAACAAACAGCAAUGGCAAGGGGCAGUUCAAAACUAACUUCGGAAACAUGUCAGCGGUGAGUGAGCGGGCUGGCCGCUCCGUCAAGGCUCUGGUACAGGCUGGCCUGCCACUGAAUUCACUUUGGGUUGUGGGACACUCGAUGGGGGCCCAAAUGGCGGCGUUCGUAAGCCGUGCGCUUGGUCGCAAGGUACCGAGGUUGACAGCCUUGGACCCAGCUGGCGCAAAGGCGCCAUUCUUGGGCUUUCCCCACCUAGUCCGCGAAGAUGCACUCUUUGUCGACGUAAUUCAUACCGACGCUGGGACAACGUUCGGCACAAGUGGAUACGAUGGCGAUUGUGGCCACAUCGAUUUUUGGCCAAACAAUGGUCGAGCCAUUCAACCAGGAUGCGAAAACGUGAAAGGAGACCAAUAUGAGCCCAGGCGCUGCAGCCAUGCUCAAUCUUAUCGCUAUUUCGCUGAGUCUAUACUUUCUCCGGGAGCUUUUCCCUCCGUCCAAUGUAACACGUGGGCAGACUUCCAGAAUAAAAAGUGCCCUCCAAACAACGAGAAUGGGGCCUACAUGGGGUACAAUGCAUCACCGACGCUAAAAGGGCGAUUUUACCUUCGGACUAGAAGUAGUUCUCCAUUUGGACUGGGGAAAGCCGGUCUGUUGCCAAAGUAACGUCGAGUUCUACAGGACCAAAAUUUUGGAGCCAACAGAUUAAAAUUAAUGUCAGUAUUGAUCCAACGUCAAAAGUUGAGAUGAAAAACGAAAUCAUUGUACAGUUAGUUGUAUCUGAACUUUUAGAGCAUCAUCUGCAAACAUGGCAA